AUGCGGAAGAAUUUCGCGCAGAGUCCAGCAAGCACUUUUGGUAGCCCGUUGCUUGAGGUUUCCGGCCCGGCUCCAAGUGAAUGUGAAAGUGGGAGAAAGCGUAAGCAAAGUUACAUUGAAUCUACUCUCAAGGAUUAUGUGGAGUUUAAAAAGAGCCAAACAAGCAAAACUCUUGAAGCUCUGAAUGAAAAGAAAAGGCGUGAUGAGAAAUUUUGUUUUGAGAAGUGUGCUGAUCAAGUGGAUUCUAUGAAUGAAUUAACAAAUGAGGAGAAGUUAUAUGCUGUGGAGCUCUUUGAAUUUGAUACAAACAGACAAGAAGCACGUGGGCCGCAGCAAGUCAUCAAGUCCUCGCCGGAGAAGAAGGGUUCCAUGGUGCAGCUGCACGUGGUGGUCGUGUGCUCCGUCGUGGGCUUCCUCGGCCUCGUCCUCGUCAUCCUGGGCGUCGCCAGUGAGGCCGCCACCGCGCUGGCGCUGGUCGGGCUGUCCAAAGACGGCUUGUACGACGUCAAUAAAUGCGUGUACCAGACCACGCCGGCGCUGGCCUGCGGCAUCGUGGCGGGACUGCUCGCGCUCGCGGUUCAGAUCGCCGUCACCACCACCAGCCUUCUCUGCGGGUGCUGCCGAACAUGGGAGCUCCCCAGAGCGGCAAGACACAUCGUCGGCAUCGUUCUUUCCGUCGUCUCGUGGAUCUUUGUGAUUAUAGUUGUGGCACUGUUCAUCGCGGGCGCUGCCAUGAACACGGACCAAAAGAGGCAGCCUACCACCGACGGAAAGUGCCCCGUCGACCCGGGCAGCGUAUUGUUCGCGGCGGCGACGGUCUUCUCUCUCGUAGCCACCGUCUCGCAGAUCGCCUCGUAUGUGCUCCUGGCGCCCGCGAAAGGCUCCACGAAACCGCUGGCCACGCAGCAGCAGCCGGAGGUGGCCAUGGGGCAGCCGCGGCAAGAUGCUGAUGAGGUGGUCGCCGGCGGUGACCCGCUGCCGCCCUCAGCGCCCCCGUUGUCUCAACCCACAGAACCUACGAGCAAAGUUUGAUCCUUAUGGAAGGACGUUCGCUCCAGAUGUUCGUAGAAGGCAAUGCAUUUUCUUAGA